CUGUUUCUCCUUUUAAUCCUUUCCUCCACCUCCAGGAUACAGAUGGGCCAAUCUCAAAGCACUCCUCUUUCUCUCCUCGUUGCUAACUUCAGGGAUGUUAGAACCAGAGGACAGAAUUUGAGUUUAGACAUCCGGCGGGGAAAAUUAAUAACCCUCUGCCGCUCCGAAUGGCCAACCUUCGGCGUUGGAUGGCCAACUGAAGGAACUUUCUGCCUCCCUAUAAUUGCUAAGCCCACCUGGGACGACUGUCAGCAGCUCCUCCGCAUCCUGUUCACUACAGAGGAGCGAGAGAGGAUCCAAUUAGAAGCAAGAAAGCUGGUUCCUGGAGACGACGGUCGGCCGACAUCUAACCCUGACCUCAUUAAUGCGGCUUUCCUCCUAACCAGGCCUCCACAGGACGAGUGGGACUACAACACGGCAGAAGCUGCCGAGACACCCGAAACCUGCAUCCAGGGAACCGAAGGUCUCCUGCGAACUCUGGGAACUUUAGGCUACCAUGCCUCAGCAAAGAAGGCUCAAAUCUGCAAGUCAGAGGGACUGCUGCUGAACCCCCUCAGGGUCGUCUUCACCCCCUCAACGGCCCUGAACCCAGCGUCACUGCUGCCAGACCCAGACAUGGGAACCCCACUUCAUGACUGCGCCGACAUACUGGCUCAAGUUUAUGGGGUCCGGGAAGACUUGCAGGAUCAGCCAUUACCGCCAUUACCGGACGCAGACGCCAUCUGGUUCACCGAUGGAAGCAGCUUCGUUCACCAGGGACAAAGGUAUACGGGGGCGGCCGUGACUUCAGAGACCGAGGUGGUGUGGGCAGAAGCUUUACCCCCCGGAACCUCAGCCCAGAAGGCUGAGCUAAUAGCCUUAACCCAGGCCCUGAAGUUAGGAAGAGACCGCAAGCUAACUGUGUACACUGAUAGCCAAUAUGCCUUCGCCACCGCUCAUGACACCAGAAGACAACCGACCCAAUUUCCCGGGGCAACAAUUUGGCCGAUCAGACUGCAAAAAAACAUAGCUCGGCCCCCAGCGCAAUUGCUGACCCUACAGCUGCCAGACCCUGGAUCCCGGGAAUUGCCCCCCAGCCCUGAGUAUUCAGAAAGUGACAUUCAAUGGAUGAGUAAACUUCCUAUGACCCGAAUCAAAGAUGGCUGGUGGAGAGACUCUAAAAGCAACAUUAUACUCCCAGAUAAACUAGGAUGGUAAGUUCUAGAGCGGAUCCAUCGCAGCACCCACUUAGGUUCCCGGCGAAUGUUGGACUUACUGAGACAGACUGGACUAAAAAUCAGAAAUGUCUCUGGUAAGGUCGAUCAAGUAGUCACUAAAUGUACAGUGUGCCAACUCAACGAUGCGAGUAGCAAUCCUCAGACAACAGGGGUAAGACAAAGAGGGAGCAGACCGGGGACCUAUUGGGAAGUAGAUUUCACUGAGGUAAAACCAGGAAAAUAUGGAUAUAAGUAUUUGCUAGUUUUUGUAGAUACCUUUUCAGGAUGGACUGAAGCCUUUCCAACCAAGAAUGAAACGGCGCAGAUUGUAGCCAAAAAGAUCCUAGAAGAAAUCCUGCCCAGGUAUGGUUUUCCAGUAAUGAUAGGGUCAGACAAUGGACCUGUAUUCGUCUCUAAGCCUUGCAGAGGGUCCAUGAAGAUGUAUGGCCCAAAUUAAAAGAACUCUAUGAGACUGGACCCCCACCUAUUCCACAUCAGUUCCGGCCAGGGGAUUGGGUCCUCAUCAAACGUCAUCGACAGGGAACUCUGGAGCCCAGGUGGAAAGGACCCUUCCAGGUCAUCCUGACAACGCCUACUGCCAUCAAAAUAGACGGAAUCGCCACCUGGAUCCAUUUCCGCCCACGCCAAACCAGUGGACCCGUUCUCAGACCUCAUCGGACCUUCAAAGACAACCUGGACUGUUGAUCGGACUAAGGACAAUCCUUUAAAAUUGACCCUACGCCGCCACCGGACUGAGCUGUAACUAUGGUACUUACCCUUCUCUUGAUUGUUCUGCAAAUUCUGUCUGUAAACUCAAACUCCCCUGACCCCUACAAUUCGAAAUGGGAAAUUACUAAUCUAGAGACUCAUGAAGUCUACAACAAAACCCUAGGAACUGCCCCAUUAAAUACCUGGUGGCCAGAUUUA